GGAGCCCGUGCCCGCGAGCUCCGGCAUGCCUCGAUACGAGCUGGCUUUGAUCCUAAAAGCCAUGCAGCGGGGUUGGUACAGUAGGCCUCACUAGACUUAGCUGCAACUCAGAAUUUCUCCUCCAACAACUGAGUAAAUGCUGAUGGUCUUUGUGGAAUGUGGAUAAAAAGUUCGGGCUAAGUUCUCAAAAUUCCAAUUAAGAAGCGGAGAAAAAUUUUAAAAACUGUCUCCUUCAAAGUUUGUCACAACCAGCACCAUCAAGACAGCAAAUCAAAGGACAAAGACUUUGACCUGCUCUAUUACUAUAUUUAGUCCGGUCCACGUAUGGUAUAAAGACUUGGCUGGGGGGACCAAAAAGUAAAGUUGAACACAUCUGUCAUUGGAAGCUGUUGACUUAACAAAGUUACCAAAAUGAGGGCCGUGCUGGAGACAGCAGACAUUGCCAUUGUGGCCCUGUACUUUGUGCUGGUCAUGUGCAUUGGUUUUUUUGCCAUGUGGAAAUCCAAUAGAAGCACCGUGAGUGGAUACUUCCUGGCAGGGCGCUCUAUGACCUGGGUAGCUAUUGGUGCCUCUUUAUUUGUGAGCAAUAUUGGGAGUGAACACUUCAUUGGGCUGGCAGGAUCCGGAGCUGCAAGUGGAUUUGCUGUAGGUGCAUGGGAAUUCAACGCCUUAAUGCUUUUGCAACUUCUGGGAUGGGUUUUCAUACCAGUCUACAUCCGGUCAGGGGUGUACACCAUGCCUGAAUAUUUAUCCAAGCGUUUUGGUGGCCAUAGGAUUCAGGUCUAUUUUGCAGCCUUGUCUUUACUUCUUUAUAUUUUCACCAAGCUUUCAGUUGAUCUGUAUUCAGGUGCCCUCUUUAUCCAGGAGUCUUUGGGUUGGAACCUUUACUUAUCUGUGAUCCUGCUGAUUGGAAUGACUGCUUUGCUGACUGUAACUGGAGGCCUUGUUGCUGUCAUCUAUACAGAUACGCUUCAAGCUUUGCUCAUGAUCGUUGGGGCACUUACACUUAUGGUUAUCAGCAUGAUGGAGGUUGGUGGGUUUGAGGAAGUUAAGAAAAGGUACAUGUUGGCGACACCUAAUGUGACCUCGAUCUUGUUGACUUACAACCUUUCCAACACGAAUUCUUGUAAUGUCCAUCCAAAACCAGAUUCCUUGAAAAUGUUGCGUGAGCCAACAGAUGAAGAUGUUCCUUGGCCUGGAUUCAUUCUUGGGCAGACCCCGGCUUCGGUGUGGUAUUGGUGUGCCGACCAGGUUAUUGUGCAAAGGGUCUUAGCUGCCAAAAAUAUUGCACAUGCCAAAGGCUCCACUCUGAUGGCUGGCUUCUUAAAGCUUCUGCCUAUGUUUAUUAUAGUGGUCCCAGGGAUGAUUUCAAGGAUACUAUUUGCAGAUGAUAUUGCUUGCAUCAACCCAGAGCAUUGUAUGCAAGUCUGUGGCAGCCGAGCUGGAUGCUCCAACAUUGCUUAUCCACGCCUAGUGAUGAAACUGGUACCUGUGGGCCUGCGGGGGCUAAUGAUGGCUGUAAUGAUUGCAGCACUGAUGAGUGAUCUCGACUCAAUAUUUAACAGUGCCAGUACCAUAUUCACCCUUGAUGUGUACAAGCUCAUUCGCAAAACAGCAAGCUCCAGAGAGCUAAUGAUUGUGGGGAGAGUUUUUGUGGCCUUCAUGGUAGUGAUCAGCAUUGCUUGGGUGCCGAUCAUCGUGGAGAUGCAAGGGGGCCAGAUGUACCUUUAUAUUCAAGAAGUGGCUGAUUAUCUGACACCCCCAGUGGCGGCUCUUUUCCUUUUGGCCAUUUUCUGGAAGCGUUGCAAUGAACAAGGGGCAUUUUAUGGUGGAAUGGCUGGCUUUGUUCUAGGAGCUCUUCGCUUGAUCUUGGCAUUUACCUACCGUGCACCGGAGUGUGACCAACCUGAUGAGAGGCCAGCCUUCAUAAAGAAUAUCCAUUAUAUGUAUGUGGCCACAGCUUUGUUUUGGGUCACAGGACUCAUUACUGUGAUAGUCAGCCUUCUCACACCACCUCCUACCAAGGAACAGAUCCAUACUACCACUUUCUGGUCUGUAAAAGUCCCAGACAGGAAAGAGAGCAUCCCACGAGAGGACCCAUACAAAAUGCAGGAGAAGAGCAUCCUGAAAUGCAGUGAGAACCUUGAGGGUACCAACCACAUUGUUCCUAAUGGAAAGUCUGAAGAGAACCUGAAGACUGUGCAACCAGAGGAUAUCAACCUCUUGAUGCCAUGCAGAGAAGAGAGCAACCCAGUGUCUUCUCUAAGUCAUUCUGAGGCCGAGACACCAGUAGACUGUUACUCCAAUGGGCAGGCAGCUCUCAUGGGUGAGAGAGAACAAGAGAAGGAGAUUGAGGGUAGACACCAGUACUGGAAAUUCAUAGACUGGUUCUGUGGUUUUAAAAGUAAGAGCCUAAACAAAAGAAGCCUCAGAGAUGUGAUGGAGGAGGAGGCUAUUUGUUUACAAAUGUUGGAAGAGACUCCCAAAGUUAAGUUAACACUAAACAUUGGACUCUUCGCUGUCUGUUCACUUGGAAUCUUCAUGUUUGUUUAUUUUUCUCUGUGAACUUUUAAGGGGAUGGUGAGACACUAGUUUGUGAGGAUACUUUCUUUGGAAAAAAAAUUACCUAUAACUGUUGCAUCUCUCAGGCAUUGUUUGUUCUGAGGUUUUAGCCAAAUUUUACUUAGCAAAAAAAAAAAAGUCAUCUAUUUGCAAGACUUUUUAAUCUACCCAGAGUUAAACAAAAAUAAUACUCUUCAGUUUAAAUGAAGCAAAACUUUUUUUUAGCCUCCUCAGUUGUACAAAUGAAAUUAAAUUUUUCCUUCAAUACCAAAGUAAAGAAAAUGGUUUUAUCUUAAUGUUAUACUAUGAGAGAACCUAGACCAGCUACCAAUGGGACCUUUAAAGCAGAAUAUAUUUAUUUUACAAUACUUUGAACAGAUGUAUAGUAUACGCUGCCAAGUCUGGGUAGGAUUUUUCACACCUCAGAGGACCAGAUGCAUUCAAAUGUAAUUCUCUUGCAUCUUCUAACCCUGUUUCCCCCACCCCCAUUCAAUAUUUCUAAAAAAAAAAAAAAAGAUUCUUACUGCACAAUCAAGUUUUGCUAUAAAACUAUUUAUUGGAGUUCUAUGGUAAGUCCAUUAGAAUGAGUUAGCCAGUUUUAUUGCCAGCAUUUGUACGCCAAGAGUCUUUGUGAAAAGAAAGGAAAACUUUUCCUAUAGGUGUUCUUGCAUCAGCUGCUAUAACAGGAUUUUGAGAACAAUUUCAUGUUCUAGUUUCUUUUCCUCUUUCUUUCCAUACAAAAUACUGGGCACUUGCAAAUUGUUACCAUGCCUUUCCCUUAAGGGAAAAUGGGUGAGAGAAUGUGAAUGGUACAGUUUGGGCACUAUUACUGAGACAACUCAGAACCUAAGUCCUACUAACAAGUUGGUUGACUGUCAUCUCUGAAGAGGAUGGAAAACAUUCCUGUGAGGACAUGGUGUGAGGAGAACCCUCUUCUUAUAUUGGAGAUACUCCACUUGGAGGAGCUGGCUUGACGUGGCCUGGCUUCUGUCUAGCUUCAGUAACUGAGAUCAGAGUUCCAUGUCCUACUCCCAUUAGUAGGGAAAUCACAAGCUGGCUACCUUGGUUGAGGGUGGCAUAAAAGCACACAAAGAAAAUCCAUAAUUACUUUCUCUUACUGAAUCCUGUAUAACUAUAUAGAUCUUCAGUCACCACAUCUUUACAAAAAUAAAAAAAAAAGAAGUAGAACACUUCUAUUCCCUUUGGAUUUUUAUCAAAACCAUUUAACUUAAAUGUUACCAACUUCUUACAACUUCUGGCUUUCAGUCGACCAUGAACCAUUAACUUAAAAGAUUUUUGUCUCUAGACUAAUCUUACUAUGUUGGACUACUACUAAUUGAUCCAACCAUGAUUAAUUUUAAAAUUUAUCUGGUAGCAAAAUGUCUUCUCAUCCCCAUAGGGACUUUGUAGAGGAUGUCUGUGGCUUAUAAUAAUUCCUUGUAUUAAUAGCAUGUCUUUAUGGAGUGCCUUGUGAACAUUAUUGAAUUCAUUCUACAUGUUUAUACUCUUAGGAUAAAUAAGAAGGGGUCAGCCUUAUUUAUCCAAGAUACCAAGUUGGCCAGGUCUCCAACUUGUGUUUUGCCCAUUAAGAUAUACUUUUCUAAAGACGAAAUUCUCCGUGUCUGUUGAAAGGUAUGAUUAAAAAGUUAGGAGUUUUUUGAUAACUUUUAAGAAAUGUUGUAAUGUAAAGAUUUGUCCUAAUUUAAUUUUCUUUGGUAGCUUAUUGUAUUGCAGUGUGAAUUAUCUGUAUGCUGACUUGCAUGAUAUUGGUGUCAUUUUACCCCACUGAU